AUGAUCCGCUCGUCCGCGCCGGCGAUGGCCACGUCGACGCCAGCGCGUCAAGACGACCACGACGAGUGGGAGACCGCGGCGGAUGGCGCGUCCGUCGCUAGCUCCAACACCCGAGCUCCGGGGUCAAUUUCUAUUGCUGCCAGACCUCAAACUCCAAGCGACUUGGACGGCGCCACACGCGCCAUGCAGGGCCUUCGCAUCCUACAACCUCCACCGGCCACUGACGACGGUGGCAACUACCCGCAACAGCAGCAAUUUAAUAGCAGCGCGCCGGUUGGAACUGCUACUGCCAGUGCCCAUGGGCCAUUGGAUCCCGUGCUUGUUGCUGGUCUGGAGAACGCACGCGAAAGGAUGACACUGCUUAAGUUCGAGGACCAGAUUGUGCGCUUUCUCAAGAACCCGCGGGAGCCGCACCUUAACUUUCCUCCGCUGUCGUCGUACCAUCGACUCAUUGUCCAUCGCUUGGCGCAGCGCUGCGGACUGGAACACCAGACGGCAGACUACAAUCCGUACGAGAACAGCUCGGCGCGUGUGGUGACGCUGUUCAAGACCGCGCAGUCGGCUGUGCCUCGAGUGCUGCUGAUCGACUUGUCGGCGGAUCGACAGACGCCGGCUGUGACGCCCGCUUCAGCACCAAGAAUUAUGAUGCGGAAACGCAGCGCACCACGACCCGGUGCCAAUGGUGGACGCGGUAACGGCGCCGACAAAGCCACGCCAACUUUACAGGACCGCGAGCGCGCGUAUGCUGAGGCGCGAGCAAGAAUUUUUGGAGAAGAUAAUAGCAACGCAGUGGCUGAGUCAGUUUCAUCAUCGUCUCCGUCGUCGACAGCCUCGUCGGCGUACGAAGGGAGUGGAAGUGGUGUUAACACCGGCAAUAAUGUGCUCAGACACGGAAGCCGACAAGCUGCUGGACCGGAUGGUAGCAGAGGAUUCGGUCGUGGUCGAGGGACUGUUUCCUCUUCUAUGAUUGCAAGUGGAUCGCAGUCUCGCUCGCCAGAGGAAGGACCCAGCGGUAAUGACAGUAACGAAUACGCACGAUCGUCCCAACCGAGUGCUCCGAACGCUGCCAACUGGAAAGAAAGCAAAGUAUUGUGGCGCAACCGUGAACAGGAACUGAAUGAUCCGGAUUUCACGCGCAACCACGACGCCUUCCGCCCUCGAUCCAGCGGCGGAGCGUCCAGUGGAAGUGGCAGUGGCGGCGAAUCUCCACACUAUGGCAACCGCUUUGGUGGAAUGGGGCGAUAUGGCCAUGGCGAGUAUCAAUCGCAGCAGUUCGAUCGAUCUUACGACAGAUCCUAUGGCUAUCAACAGACUGGAAGUGCUCCACCUCCACCUCCGCCGAUGCCCAUGGGAUCGGGACGCGGCCGCUACCACGUUGGCGGACCCGAUUACAACAAUAGAGUAGACACCAACCAGUACCAGAGGUCCCCGCACCAGCAGUACCACCCGCAACAGCAAUUCCAGCAACAGCUGAACCCGUCUCCGUCCAUGGUAAUGGGCCGCGGGUACGGGUACCCUUCACCCCAAGGACUUCCGGCACGGCAGGGAAACUGGGUGCCGCCGCAUGCCAAUACUCGCAACGGCAAUGGGUUUAUCGAGGACGACUUCCCACCACUCGGCAAGUAA